AUGUCCGUAACGCAAUCCAUAGCUUGCUGGCUCAACACCUAUGGGAGAGUCAAAGUUGGAGAUAUACAAGCCCUGUCUCUUACAGAAAAAAGAUUUACUAUUUCAGAGGAAACCAUAAUCUGGCCAGAGUGGUUUAAUCAGACAAAGCCUAUUUCUCUUUGCAAUGACCAUUGUCAUCCAGGUUACAGGAAGGCCAAAAAAGAAGGGAAACCAUUUUGUUGCUAUGAUUGCCUUCCUUGUCCAACAGAGAAGAUUUCUAAUCAGAAGGACAUGGACAACUGCUUUCCGUGUUCACUAGAUCAUUAUCCAAACAAAGAGCGAAAUUUCUGCCUUCCAAAAUAUGUAACAUUUUUAUCUUAUGAAGAAAUGCUGGGGAAUAUUUUUACCAGUUUUAUUCUUACUUUUUCUAUCAUUACUAUUUUGCUACUCUGGCUCUUCAUUAAAAACAAGGACACCCCUAUUGUGAAAGCCAACAAUGAGACCCUCACCUACAUUCUUCUCAUCUCCCUCCUGCUCUCCUUUCUCUGUACUUUGCUAUUCAUUGGCCAACCUCGUCAAUGGACAUGCCUUCUUCGGCAAGUUACUUUUGGCAUCAUCUUCUCCGUGGCAGUUUCUUGCAUUUUGGCAAAGACUAUCAUUGUAAUUCUUGCUUUCAUGGCUACCAAGCCAGGAUCCAGAAUUAGGAAAUGGAUGGGGAAAAGACUGGGUCUUUCUGUUGUCCUUUCUUGUUCUUUUACUCAAACCAUUAUUUGUACCAUAUGGCUAUCAAGCUCUCCCCCGUUCCUGGAUGUUGACAUGUAUUCUUUGUCAAAAGAAAUUAUAUUGAUAUGUAAUGAAGGGUCAACCAUCAUGUUCUACUGUGUCCUUGGUUUUAUGGGUCUCUUGGCAAUUAUCAGCUUCCUGGUGGCUUUCCUGGUCAGAAAGUUACCGGACACAUUUAAUGAAGCCAAAUUCAUCACCUUCAGCAUGUUGGUCUUUUGCAGUGUCUGGCUGUCCUUUGUUCCAACCUACUUGAGCACAAAGGGGAAAUAUGUGGUGGCUGUUGAGAUCUUCUCCAUUUUGUGCUCCAGUGGGGGGUUACUGGCUUUCAUCUUCUGCCCAAAAUGUUACAUUAUUCUGGUGAGGCCAGAUUUAAAUAACAAGGAACAGCUAAAAAGGGGGAAAAACUAA